UUGUUAUCAUUAUUACUGAUGUUGCUCUCAUUCUAUAUCCUCAUCUUAACUGCUCUUAUUCUUUUCUUCUUCUCCUCAGGUUGUCUCUUCUUGAAGUCUUCUGCAAAAUGGCUUCCUCAGCACCUGUUAUUUCUUCCGAUGAUUUACAAAAUGUAAGACGGAGCCUAUUUGUGAGGAAGUACGGAAAGAAGGUGGUUCACCUCAUAUACACCUUCCACUUUCUCCACGGACAACACAGGAGCAUCCGAGAGAUUCUCACCGACAACCAAGUCCCACUACAAGGGAGGAGAUGUCCCUUCAACGACCAGGACAUCAGAAAUCUCACAGAGAAGCUUCCGGAAGAUCUGGACAUCACAUUGAUGAACAAAAUCUGCCAGGCUCUUUGGCAGAAGGGGGUGAAUGACCCUGGGGAUGAAUUAAAAGGGUUACUAAAAAAGAUCAAAGAUGAGAGGAACUUUGUUAGCCAUGAAGAGACGCAAAUGUCAGGACCAGAAUUGGAAAGUAAACUCAGAGGCUUUCAAGCAACACUCGAGGAAACUCUUGAGAAAAUCAAGGCUCUCUUUCCAUCUCAUGGUCCUGACACUGACCAGCUUAAUGCAGAGAUCCGAAAUGCUGUUCCGAAGCUCCUUGAAAAGAUCCGUGAGAAAUAUGAUCCCUCAAACCCCCAGGAUGUACAAAGGUUUAAAGAUGAAAUAGGAGACUUUGGAAGUGAAGUCUAUGAGAUGAUCCAAGAAUCAUUUGCAAAAGAACUCCGGUCUCUUAAUGAACGCCUCUGUCAGAUUUUGCCCUACGACUGGCUUGCUGAUCAUGGUACUACAGAUCCAGUACAGAUUAUGGUACCUCUACAAGUGACGGAUGAUCCGGAGUUAAAUAGAGGUCCCCGUGGCAAUAAAAGUAUCAUUGUAAAUCAAAAAGAAAUCUUAAACAUUAAAGACCCAAUGGGAAAAGACCCUGAAGUUGUGAUUAUAUCUGGCGAUGCAGGUUCUGGAAAGACCACAAUUCUUUGUUCCUAUGCAGAGGGAUGGUGCAAGAACACAAAUGAUGUGCCAGAACUCUCUUCCUUCCCAUUUCUGUUCUGCAUGCAGUUCAGGAAUCAUGACCACGACAGCUUUGAUGGCUACCUGUAUAGUUUGAUUCCACAAACUGUUGCUAUAUAUCCCUUUGACCUUGUCAAAUCGGUAGUCCUGGAUUCAAAGUGCUUAGUCUUGUGUGAUGGCUAUGAUGAGGCCAAUAAGAAUUCAAGAAAACUCUUCCAAGAAUUUUUAAAACUGAAUUCAAAUAAGAUGAAGUUUGUUGUCACGACGCGUCCAGGGAACACAGAGGGACUAACCAAUAUUGUGAACAAAGCAAAACGUUCCCGAAUCAACCUCAGAGUUUCAGGUCUUCAGGAAGAGGAUAUGAAAUCGCUCACAGAAAAGCUCAUUGGCCACCUGCUGAAAGAUGAUGUCACCCAGCAGGAGCAAAUGAAAAAGGAGCUGCUUCAGAAAAUAAAAGAAAUGAACACUGGAACUAGAGCCAUCCUGCAAACCCCACUGUAUUUCAACCUGUUCGUUCUCCUUUACAUUGAGUGUCCAGAUCUAAGGGAUGAAAUGAGCACCAGGACAUCAGUCUACUUACAGCUGAGAAGGCACAAGAUCAAGAGAAUCUCCGACAAGACAGGAAUCUCUGAAGAAUCGCUGGAGGAAUUUGAUGUACUGUACAGAGAAUGGUGUCUGAAACAUUACCUUGAGAGGAAAUAUGAAUAUUCCGAGGCAGAUGUAAGAAACUUUAAAAGAGAGAUUAGUUCUCUAGAGACACUUCAGAACUUUGAUGCCAUCAUGUCGUCCUAUUUCUCCAUAAAGAAAACAAAGAAGCAUCUGGACAUUGUCAAUGUCUACUGCCACAGACACAGAAGUGAGCAGGAGUUUGCAGCUGCAGGCAGUAUCUGCGAUGACAUCGUCACAUCAAAUAGAAGGACGCAAGGAGGAAACAUUCUCCUGGAUGUGCUGCGGUCGAAAGAAUUCUGGGAUGGAAGUGAUCUAGACCAGUUAUUUACGGGAUUCGCAGAAGUGAUUCCCUUCAUACCAGGAAUACUCAACGGUACUGAGAGAGAUGUGUUCUAUGAUACAAUAGAUGAGAUUCAUGAACUCUAUGUAUCAUACAACCUCUACCUCUCUGAUGAAAAUGAACCAUGUGAAUUAUUCAAAGACAUAUUUCCAUAUUCUAAUACCCAUGAUGCUCUUCUGGACCCAUGUAUUGAAACUAGACUAGACGAUAAGGUUUUGGAAUCACUUGUGUCACAAAUGAAGAGACAUAAUCAUAUGAGGGACAAAGUAAGUUUCGAAGAACCCAAGAGUCUUUAUGUUCUACCAUCCUUGCUGCCUAAACUGAUUCCCAAAGAGAUUGAAUUGAAAUUUCAAUAUUCAAAUGUAACAGUUUCACAACUCAAUGAAACUCUGAAGUCUGCUGUUAAUAAUAAUGUUAAUACAAAGGUUAGUCUUACUAUGGAUCUAAGUGAGUGCGCACAACUUCCAGGACAGGAGGAAGAGGAGGAGGUUUUGUCUCCAAUGGAUGAAUUAAGAAAGGCCGAAGAAGAAGAAGAAAAGAAGAAAAAGAAGAAGACAGCAGGAGACAGCAGCUGCAGCAGCAUCUCCUCCAAGUGGAGGAGGGAAAAGGCGGAGGAGGAGGAGGAGAAGAGGCAGCAGCAGCAGCAGUUGACUGCAACCAGGUGCCACUCAGACUGCAACAGUAUCAUCCCAGAAAGCAAGAAGGUCCAGGGACGCUUCUUCCACCAGAGGCAACGCCGAGCAGAAAGUCUUCCUCCGAAGGGGACCACUACUUCUUCUUCCCCUUCCAAAGACAUAAAGUGCAGCACACAACACUAUAAAGAACAAGGCGUGAUCCGACCUGCAGCUUACACGGGGAUCCCUUCCGAGGGCAACAAAGGCCACAGAGGCCGCACCAUCGGUCAGAAUGAGUUCGUCAGCGGGUCGCAGACAGUACAGACUGACUGGGUCGAGACACGAGUGCCCAGUGCCCCGCGCAUUCCCGUCGGCCGCCACAAAAAGACCGCUGAAUGGCCUCAUAGGUCCCAGUGCUUGGCCUUCAGCUGUUGGAAACAGGUGAUGUGGAGCUGCUACACCGCUGAAAUUCGAGGGAGAAAAACCAACCUCUCCCAGAAGCCACCAGAGAAAUGCAGUCAUCUGCUUGAGGAACAAGUCAACCGAGUGUUCUGUCUGGUGGUGGCCUCAGCCACGGCUCAUAAAGCUCUUAGCUGCGGCCCAUGA